AUGGCAACACGUGCGACGGACACGACGGACACGACGUACACGACGGACACGGAGCAUGUGUUGCAUCUGACGAGGGCAAGGAGCACAGAGCCUGUACCGUCGCAGCGCCUGACUCCCAUCUCAACUUCCAGCACGUGCGACGGACACGACGGACACGGAGCGUGUGUCGCAACUGACGAGGGCAAGGAGCACAGAGCCUCACGUGCGACGGACACGACGGACACGGAGCGUGUGUCGCAUCUGACGAGGACAAGGAGCACACAGCCUGUACCGUCGCAGCGCCUGACUCCCACCUCUACUUCCAACACGUGCGACGGACACGACGGACACGACGUACACGACGGACACGGAGCAUGUGUUGCAUCUGACGAGGGCAAGGAGCACAGAGCCUCACGUGCGACGGACACGACGGACACGACGUACACGACGGACACGGAGCAUGUGUUGCAUCUGACGAGGGCAAGGAGCACAGAGCCUGUACCGUCGCAGCGCCUGACUCCCACCUCUACUUCCAGCACGUGCGACGGACACGACGGACACGACGUACACGACGGACACGGAGCAUGUGUUGCAUCUGACGAGGGCAAGGAGCACAGAGCCUCACGUGCGACGGACACGACGGACACGGAGCGUGUGUCGCAUCUGAGGAGGGCAAGGAGCACACAGCCUGUACCGUCGCAGCGCCUGACUCCCACCUCUACUUCCAACACGUGCGACGGACACGACGGACACGACGUACACGACGGACACGGAGCAUGUGUUGCAUCUGACGAGGGCAAGGAGCACAGAGCCUCACGUGCGACGGACACGACGGACACGGAGCGUGUGUCGCAUCUGACGAGGGCAAGGAGCACACAGCCUGUACCGUCGCAGCGCCUGACUCCCACCUCUACUUCCAACACGUGCGACGGACACGACGGACACGACGUACACGACGGACACGGAGCAUGUGUUGCAUCUGACGAGGGCAAGGAGCACAGAGCCUCACGUGCGACGGACACGACGGACACGGAGCAUGUGUUGCAACUGACGAGGGCAAGGAGCACAGAGCCUGUACCGUCGCAGCGCCUGACUCCCAUCUCAACUUCCAGCACGUGCGACGGACACGACGGACACGGAGCAUGUGUUGCAACUGACGAGGGCAAGGAGCACAGAGCCUCACGUGCGACGGACACGACGGACACGGAGCGUGUGUCGCAUCUGACGAGGGCAAGGAGCACAGAGCCUGUACCGUCGCAGCGCCUCACUCCCACCUCUACUUCCAGCACGUGCGACGGACACGACGGACACGGAGCAUGUGUUGCAUCUGACGAGGGCAAGGAGCACACAGCCUGGAGUGCGGGCCGCAGAAAUGCCCCGCCGGUGCUCGAACCCAGGAUCGCCGAGGUGCGGCGCGAGUGA